CAGGACAGGAAGUGGAGCAAGCAGACUGUGAUGAUGGAGCUGUGUCCCGGAGACGGUGCUCAUCGGGAUGUUAUCUGACAUUUCGAGAGAAACGACAAGCGUAAUGCGGGUUUGUCGCGCGAUGUGAGACAGCGGAUCGGAGUCAGGUAUGACUCAGAUAUUCGAGAAAAAGCUAGCUGGCUGUUAGCUCGGUUAGCUCUCAUCCUUCCAGCUCCGAGCAGGCAGCGAGCAGCUCCGCCGACCCGCUGCUGCACCACACGGAGCCCGGUGAGAAGAUGACGAGGCCUUAAUAUCACACAGGCAACGGUGUGCAGAGUCAGCAAAUACAGACAUGGCGUCGCAGCUCCAGGUGUUCUCCUCCCCCUCUGUGUCCUCCAGUGCCUACUCUCGCUCAAAGAGACUUAAAGUGGAGAACCCCUCCUGGGAUGCAUCCGGCCAGCUGGGAGACAAUGGUUACUACCAGCAGAGCCCUACCCAGGGAGCUGCACCCUCAACCUCUGGCUCCAACUUUAACCAAGUGUACACUUCCAACCAGGUCCACCCGCCAACGGCCGGCUCAAGGGAGCAGACGGUGGUGCGGGCGGCAGACAGCACGGGCAGCCUUUGCGGGCCUCCUUCAUCCUCCUCUUCAUCUUCCUCCUCCAGCCGGCGAAUCAAGGAUGCGGAGUCCUCCUCCCAGCCGUCCGACCUCUACCACAAGCAGUACAGUCUGAAGAGGAAGAGUGAGGAGGUGGACAGCAGCGACAGCGUGCAGAUACUGGAGGAGCUCUCCGCCCCCGUGGUCUCAAACCGCACUGGUGGCGGCGGCGGGGGAACCACCACAGCUCAGUCCAUAGCACACUCCACCUCCACCACCAAGAGCAGCAACUCCCACAGCGAGGGCGACUAUCAGCUGGUGCAGCACGAGAUCCUGUGCUCCAUGUCCAACAGUUACGAGGUGCUCGAGUUUCUGGGACGCGGCACCUUCGGUCAGGUGGCUAAAUGCUGGAAGCGGGGCACAAAUGAGAUAGUGGCCAUUAAAAUCUUGAAGAACCAUCCCUCUUAUGCUCGGCAAGGGCAAAUUGAGGUGAGUAUCCUCAGCAGGCUGAGCACGGAAAAUGCCGAUGAGUUCAACUUUGUCCGCUCGUACGAGUGUUUCCAGCACAAGAAUCACACGUGCCUUGUGUUUGAGAUGCUGGAGCAGAACCUUUACGACUUCCUGAAGCACAGCAAGUUCAGCCCUCUGAUGCUCAAGUGCAUCCGGCCGAUCCUGCAGCAGGUCGCCACCGCGCUAAUGAAGCUGAAGAGCCUGGGGCUGAUCCAUGCCGACCUGAAGCCUGAAAACAUCAUGCUGGUAGACCCUCUGAGGCAGCCAUACAGGGUGAAGGUCAUUGAUUUCGGCUCGGCGAGCCAUGUUUCCAAAGCUGUAUGCUCAACUUACCUGCAGUCUCGAUAUUACAGAGCUCCAGAGAUUAUCCUGGGCCUUCCUUUCUGUGAAGCCAUCGAUAUGUGGUCUUUGGGAUGUGUCAUUGCUGAGCUGUUCUUGGGAUGGCCCCUUUAUCCCGGGGCCUCAGAGUAUGACCAGAUUCGCUACAUUUCUCAGACCCAGGGUCUUCCAGCAGAGUACCUCCUUAGUGCAGGAACCAAGACCAGCCGCUUUUUCAACCGAGGCCCUGACUCGAGCUACCCGCUGUGGAGGCUCAAAACACCUGCGGAGCACGAGGCAGAGAUGGGCAUCAAGUCGAAGGAGGCAAGAAAAUACAUCUUCAACUGUCUGGAUGACAUGAUGCAGGUGAGGAGUUAUACUGUCUUAGAGACAGCUGCUGUAAGCAGAUAUUUUAAGUGUUGCUUCCUCUUUGGGGCAAAUUGUCGUGUCUUCCAGAUGACCUCUACAGGAGGCCAGUCCCUGUCUCUCAGUAGUAAUGUCCCACUGCUGAACUAUCAGCCUGGCCUCUACCAGCAGGCCACCAUCAACAUCCCUGGUCUGACCCAGCAGGGAGUUCCUCUGCAAACCAGACCCACCCAGCUCUGCACCCAGACCGAGCCCUUCCAGCAGACACUUAUUGUUUGCCCACCAACCAUCCAGGGUCUUCAAACCUCCAACAAGCCAUCUGCUUACCCAGUGAGAAUGGAAAACUCAGUACCCUUAGUCCCUCAGAACCAGUCCUCCCAGUCUCUUCACAUCCAGCCCAGCAUGCUGGCACAGCAGGGCUGGCCAGCGGGAACACAGCAGAUUCUAAUCCCUUCUACGUGGCAACAGAUGCCUGGCAUGUCCAUUCACAACCCGGGGCAGGCUGUGGUGCCAGAGCCACCCAUGGGAGCCCACAUCUCCGACAGUCAGCAGACUUCAGGCUGGAGGGGUCGCCAUGGCAGCCAAUACGAUAGCGUUAACCAGCACGACUCUGGUGCUGGCCGUCAUACUGGGACCCAAAACCACAGCUCAGGGGUCGCUCACUCGAGAUCCCAACAGGGCAAGAGAUCAAAGGCUCGACACGCUGAGAGCAGACCGAGGCCGGUGUCCUCAGUACAAUCAGCCACCAAUGUGGUCAACAGCACUUCCUUUGCCGGUGACCAGUCUCAGCCCAUUGUUAUCUCUGACACACCAAGCCCUGCCGUCAGCAUCAUCACCAUUCACAGCGACUCUGAAGAUGAGGAUGAUACAAAGUUUCCUGCUGCCUGCUCUGGAACAAGUCAGAGAACCAAUGUGAUCAGCUGUGUGACUGUGCACGACUCCCAUGACUCAGACUCCUCUACCAGCAGCCCUCUGAGCCCCAAAACCUCCUCUCAGCCUACAAAGUCUCUAGCAGUCAUCAUGCCCUCAGUUAAAAGCCAGCCUGGAGAAAGCACAACCCACAAGGCUCCAGCAGCUUCAGAUCAAGCAACAAGCGGCUCAGUAAAGUCCAAAAAGGCAUCCACACAAGCGUCUGGUCGGUCAGGAGAUUCCACAACCGAGCGUAAUCAGCGGGCUGCGUCCAGCAGAUCUCAGCCUCUGAAUCUGAGUCAGCUGCAGCAGUCUGUGAUGCCAUCUUCUCACGAGCAAACAGCAAGCAGUAGCUCCCUGAGGAGGCAGCCCACAUAUCCCCCUCCCGUCUCCUCCCACUCGUCCUACCGGCUCCACGAAAGCACCCUCUUUGGCUCGACGCCAAAUCUGUAUGCCUACCCGGCCUCUGCCGCCUUGGCCUCGGUGUCUCAGGCUGUAGACCAGAUGCAGGGCGGUACAUCCCGCCAUGGCAGGGCAAGCGGGGCUUACUCCUCUUUAGCUCUGCUUCAGAAGAACAGCAGCUUAGCCCUCGGGGGGUCUGCUCCAGGACAGUACGGCAACAACCAUCAACAACAGCAGCAGCAGCAGCAACAGCUGGCAGCACAGCCUUUCCAACGCUCCGGUGCCGCUUACCAGCGAAAACUCAACCAAUAUCCCUACCUGUGAACACUGAUGAAGACCAAACUUAGACCGCGACUAGAGACGAGCACAAGCUCAUCACAGGCGACUGUGAUCGGACUCUUUUUAUUAUUUUUCCUUCUUCUUCAACUCAACUGUUUUUUGCCGUCCAGAGUGUGUUACUAUUUUAAUCGUUGUCAAGUUUUACUUUAAUAUUCUCUACCUUUGAGGUUUCUUUGCGUCAUAUGUCACAGGUUAGCGUGCUGUGAGCACACAAGCAGAAGAUAAAGCUAAAUUUACUUACAGACUGUAAUUUAUUAGUCACAUAUCAACCUAAUACUUUGAUUUUACGAAAGCUGUGUGGAACUCUACUGUUAUGCUGCUAUAUUAAUAAUCAUCAUAUUCAUCAAAUAAUGGGUUAAAUGACACAUUUACAUAUAAACAAAUGCCUCACUUAAUUAUACCAUUUUCUUUUAAUUUAAAAGUCUGCGCAUUGUGAUAAGUUACCUUGCUGUGUUUUAUGUUUUAUUUAUGAAUGUACUGUAUGUAUGUGUGUGUUUUAUCUGUACUAUAUUACAAAAGCUAAUGGAGACUAAGCAGCGUACUGUACUGUAUAAUGACGUGUCUGUGUGUUUUUAUUGUUUGAGUACUGGCCAUUAACUUGACUAUAUUUGUAUGUUUGGUAUACUGAAUGAUGCAUUUCUGCAUAGAGUAGGUGUAUCAGAGACUUUCUUUUGUCUGUUUUUAGUUAAUGUUAAGGUUGCAUGUGUCUGACAUGGAGUAGCAUUCAGGGGAGGUUUGUAAUCUGCAGCCGCGCUGGUUUGUAGACACAUUAGUAAUGUUUAAUUUGUACGGCAAACACAUUAAUAAUACUGGGAAAAUGUACAAGUUCUUGUCUUGUGAAGUGAUGUCUGUGGAGUAAAGCGUGCACAUAAAAUGAAAUUGGGUAUCGCAUACGUAGAAGCUGAAGCCAUUUAGAUUAAAAAAUUCACAGUGCUGCAUUUUUAAUAGUGAAUAAUCAAAUCUGACAAGGACAAUUUAUAUAAAAAAAAAUAAGAAUUAAUUAAUGUUCAGUAUGUCACUGCUUCUAAGCAAAUCAUUGGUUUGGUGAAAUGAUGGUUGUUCUUCCAAUCCUGCUGUGUUGUGAAGUGCUACAUUACAUAGAACACACAAUGAACCUUAACCCGUAUAUACGCAAUAAAAACCUUAUUAAAACAGGA